AUGAAGGCCAAAACUAUUGGUGAACAAAAUGCGUGUCGACAAUCAUAUCCAUCUUCGCCAUAUCAUGCUCUACCACUUCGAAAAGGGAUGGUCUGCCGCAGAGUCGUUUCGCGAUCUCAAAGAACUGGAGAAGCCCCAACGGACUACCACGUCAAUCGAUCGCUCAAAAAUUGGCAAACAAAUAAGAUCUACAACGAUUUGGAUGACUUGAUAGACGAUGUCAAUGCGUGGAUUGCCUCCAAAGAUCGUUUAUUCUUCGCUCGUGGAAUCGAUCGUCUUCCAAGCAAAUGGCAAUCAGUUAUUGAUGUAGGCGGUGAAUAUGCUCCAGAA